AUGAUUGAAAAUAAUCUUCUUCGACAUACAAUACCAGCCGAUUGUUUAAUUGAAAUCUUUUCAUAUUUGGAAGAUGAUCAAAAAACCCUACAAUCAUGCGUCUUGGUGAAUAAACUUUGGUGUGAAAAUUCGGUUCCGGUAUUAUGGGCUCAACCUUUUAAUGAUGUCACCCCCUCAUCAAUCAUUGAUAUUUACAUGUCAUGUCUAACGGAAGCGGGAAGAACCUAUUUAAUUGAUAAUGGUAUUAAUGUAUCAAACCGACGAAGAAGUCAAAUAUUUGAUUAUGUUAGUUUUCUUAAACAUAUUAGUAUGGGAAAUCUUUAUACGGUGGUUUUGAAAUGGACGGAUCGAACUCAUGCUUCAACUAUGACUCCCAAACGUCGAUAUCAUCUUUCAACAGAACCAAGUUUAGUUGUUUAUCAAACACUUUGUAGAUUAUUCUUUAGUCGUCGUUCAAGUUUAAGAUCUUUAUCUCUUGAUUGGGGUAAUAUGGAAAUAUGGAAAGCUUAUCCAUUAUUACUUUAUUCAGCUGGAAUUAAUACUUAUUUGGCUCAAUUGAAGGAAUUCAAAAUUCAUUAUAUUACUGAUUGGUCAAUAUUUGGAUAUUUAUCAAAAUAUGCGAAAAACAUUGAAACUUUACAUGUGAUUGGUUAUUCUUUUGAAUUACCUCCUCAUCCUGAAGAUGAACAAAAUUUAGCUUCAUUAAUUACCAUUCAAGAGAAUUUACGAAAUUUUUCAUUAUUUGGUUAUUCCACUCAUCCAAUUUUAACUUUAAAUUCUUUGGGUUCACAAUGUAAUUCUUUGGUUUCGGUGGAAAUCGUUUAUAUUCAUUUUAAUACCAAUUCAAAUUCUCCAUCAUCAUCAUUUGAAGGUUUGGCAUUAUGUAGAAAUCUUGAAGAAUUAGUUAUAAAUAAUUGUUUAUUCGCUAAUGAAGAAAUAUUAUCACCUUUAAUAUAUGCGACAUUUCCUUCACUUCGUAAAAUUCAUAUUGUUGAAUCAACUUUUGGAUGGGAUGCUGUAAUGGUUUCAUUAAUUCAAAAUAAUCCAUCAAAUUUAAAAGAAAUUUAUUAUAAACCAUUAGAUAAUCAACGUGAACAAAAUAUAAUUACACCUUCUAUAAUUGAAUGUGUAUCACAAUAUUGUCCUUGGAUAAUAAGGUUAGGGGUACCAAUAGGAACAUCCCAAAUUUGUCAUUUGGCGGAAAUCCUAACAUCCAAUGUAUGUCAAUUAAAAAGUUUAAGUAUAUUUAGAAUGGAUAAAGUUUCAUGGGAUAAUGAAGAAUUAUGGAGGAAUUUAGGAGGUUUGAUGCCUACCACUUUAAGACAUUUAAAUAUUUGGAUUUAUAUCGGUGAAACUCCGAUGAGAUUAUUUUUACAGAAUACAAGUGCUCCCCUUGAAACAUUAUAUGUUCGAUGGUGGACUCAUUAUCUGGGUUAUGAUUUUCAAUUAGUGGACACUUAUUUAAAGAAUAAACCAAUUGAAUUUGCUGGAUUUUUGAGACAUAGAGAAUUAAAUGUGAAAUAA